AUGUACAUUCCUCUGUGGGUAGCAGAUCCUCAAUUUCUCGUCUCCAGACCGGUGGACAUCAUUCUCGGAGUAGACGCUUACGGGCAAGUCAUCAGGUCAAAUAUCAUUCGGAACACGUCAUCACCGUUGAUCGCUCAACUGACAGUCAAUAAUACUGAUCGCCAAUUGAGUGAGUUACUCAGUCGCUUCUGGACGCAGCCAUCGCAGGACACGGCACCCUUGCUCACGCCAGACGAGCAGGAGUGCGAAGAUCAUUUCAAGACUACGCAUUCAAGAGACUCCGCAGGAAGAUACAUCGUGCGAUUGCCGCUCAAACUUCAUCCAAAAGCACUCGGCAAUUCGUAUCAGGCGGCGCAUAACUGUCUUCAGCGGAUUCUCAGACGACUCAGCAAGGACGCUCAGUACAAACAUCUGUACACCAAGUUCAUGCUCGAAUAUGAGCAGCUUGGUCACAUGGUAAGACUGAACAAUGACUCAAUAAUCAGUCCGUUUCAGUACUUUCUUCCGCAUCAUGGCGUUCUGAAGUUGGGCAGCACGACCACCGCAUUGCGUGUGGUGUUCAACGGCUCCAGUCCAACUUCAUCAGGAUACUCGCUGAACCAUCUUCUACAUACUGGUCCAAAUCUGAUGCUGAAUAUCGCAGAUCUGCUCAUUUGGAUACGCAGAUACAAACAUCUGUUUGCCACUGACGUCACGAAGAUGUACCGACAAAUCAAGGUGCAUCCAGACGACUGGAGCUUGCAGCAGAUAGUCUGGCUUGAUGACACGCAGAAGGGAACGCAGUACCAGCUGACCACGGUCACGUACGGGACGAAAGCUGCACCGUACUUGGCUGUCCGAACACUCUUGCAACUCGCUGAGGAUGAAGGGUCGAAAUAUCACCUUGCUGUUGAACCCAUCAAAAACGGCAGGUAUGUCGAUGACAUUUUUGGUGGUGCAGAUACAGCAGAGCAUCUACAGGACGUUGCAAAUCAGCUGACGCAACUCUGUCAAGCUGGUGGAUUUCCAUUGGCAAAAUGGCAUUCCACGAGCAAAUCGUUGCUAGAAGACCUCGCACCAGAUCAAAACAACGCAGCAAUUUCAUUCGACGACUGUGCAACCAAAAUUCUCGGAAUUAAAUGGAUUCCACAUCAGGACACACUUAACUUCGCGACCAUAUCAGCUACGCAACGCACGCAGUUUACGAAACGCCUCGUCCUCUCAGAAGUAGCACAACUCUUUGAUCCACUCGGUUUUGUUGCACCUGUAAUUAUCAGAGCGAAAAUUCUUAUUCAAGAGCUUUGGUUACAGGAACUCAGUUGGGACGACAUUCUGCCGCUUCAUAUUACUCAACGAUGGUUAUGCAUCAGGGAAGAUCUAACCAGCUUGGUCAAGCUUUCCAUCCCACGAUGGUUCAACACCACGACCACGUCGACAGUUGAACUUCAUGGCUUCGCUGAUGCCUCAGUCCUCGCAAUGGCAGCCGUCGUCUACCUCGUUGUCCACUCACCGUCCGCGGGUACCCACUGA